AUGAGGCUCCAAAUCGCCUUUGCGCUUUCACUUGUAGCCCUCGCACAAGCCACAGGCGGGGAUAAUACCGUCAAGCCACUACCAGGCAGAUCGGGGGGCUACUCGAGGCCAGUUCCGAACAGCAAGCCGGUCUGGGUCAGCGUUUAUUCAGAUGACAAACUUCACAAUCACAUGGAACAUGUCGAAGACUACCAAAGAGAGUAUAACAAAGUUGACGAAGUGUACCCAGGAGGCGGCAAUGCAAAUAAAGUUCGCACCGAACGCAAACAUGGGCAGCUGCAACAUCUCGGACCACACCCAAUUACGGGAUUAAGCCAGGUGAAAGACGAGAAAGUCCCGGCCGGGUUCAAGGACCCAAAAUUAAGUAAGGAGACCACAUAUCGUGCUGUGCCUUACUACGAGUCCGGGGGCUACUCCAAAUCCAGGUAUUUGCAGGACAACCCAAGAGACACCAAGGGGCUCGGGUAUGACAACUGGAAAAAAUCCGACCAGAAGUACGUGCUGGCUGAACAGAAGAAAGGGGAAAAGGUAUAUAGCACUGAGGGGGGGAUGUUAUCAGGUGCGAAAGCGGCAAUGGACAAAGGAUUGUAUUCCGGCCUCGCAAUGGAGACGAGUCGAGGCUGGCACCCUCUUGGUGACCAACGGCGCGCACACGAAGAGCCAUCCAGGACGAGACCGGAAAGGUCAAGAGACAGAAGAGGCACCAUAGCCUAUCCCGACCAGACGCAAAACCCACCCUCGGCUCGACAGGAGCGUUACGAAACGGGCGGCCGCGCCCGGACCGACCCGGAUCCUUACUGGACGAAGGCUCUCGACUCCGACGGACAGCCGCUCACCGGCGUCCCGCAUGGCUAUGUCUUCCCAGCAAAGACGAUAAAAGACACCUUCGACCCGGAGAGACCCGAGACGUGGCAGAACCGGGCGCCGUCGGAUCGUUAUGCACGCAGCAGCCACCCGCCCCGUCCGAAGACCAGGGAAGACUACGACGAGAGCGUCGAAACAAAGCCGCGGGGCCCGGUGACGCGGCCCCCGUCCACCAAAGCCUACGACAUGGACUCCCUACGCGAUGCGCUUCCUGAUGAUAGGCGGGACAGGAGAGGUAGGGACCGCCCGCCCGUUAGCAGCGCAAGGUUCUUUGAAAAUCAGCCAUCGUCGUCAUCGUCGUCGUCGCGCCGGGAGUCGAGCCGAGUCGGACGAAGCAGCAGCAGCACCCGGGAGCCGUUCGAUGUGCGCGAUUCGAGCCGAUCUAGAAGAAGCGACAGCAUCCGAGAAUCCUCUUCGGCUCGCUCCUCAAGCCAGCUCGGGAGGAGCCGCAGCACCCGGGAGCAGCCCUCGGCGCGAUCCUCCAGCCGGCUCGGGAGAAGCGACAGCGUCAGCGUCCCGAGCGGCAGCGGCACCGUUCAGCUGACCAGCGACUACAGGGGCAGAGGCACGUUUUACGACUACGACCCCGAGUACGACGGCCGUCCUCAGUCACACAGCGCUCCGCACUGCUACUCAAAAUUCCAAAAGAGGGGUGUCGACGGCGAGACGUCGGCGGGUUGUGAUGUGCAGCCGCAAGAGACUAACAGCAAGCCAGCCGCGGCCAUUCCCGCUGACAAGAGCUCGACUGCACCCGCUAACAAAGCUCAGGUAGUGCCUCCUGUUCAAAAAAUCUCGAACAAUGCUGGCGGCACUAGUAAAGGUUUGUCGGCUACGCCGGCAGUAUCUGCUGAGAAGAAGCCGGUUGGCCAUGUUGCUAACUCACUGCCUGCUGCUAACCCAAACCUUGCAACGCCGGUAAAAGCAGCCCCCGUCAAGGAAGCGCCGAAAGCCAAAGAAGCACCAAAGGUCAAGUCAGCACCAGGAGUCAAGGCACCACCCACUAACAGCAAACUGGUUCGCAGAAAUUGGAUCGUUGGAAGAAGACGUUAG